AGGGAGGAGGAGGAGCCCUGGAGGAGAGGAGGGAGGAGGGAGGAGGAGGAGCCCUGAAGGAGAGUAGGGAGGAGGGCUCUGCUUAUUGAAGGACCCAACCCUGGCAGGAGGAAGGAAGGAUCAGCAAAGAUAGCCUCUACCUAGAGUCACAGGAACUCAGCCCUCCUGGCUGCAACGGGUCCUGGUGCUACCUCCUCUGCCCUCCAGCUGCAUGUGAGGCCAGCAGGGAGUGUGGACCCUGAGUCACCAGGUCACACCAUCCAUGUCCUACCAUCCAGCCUCACGCAUUUCACCAUGGCUAGCUUGAGGGGCUGCCCACCCUGACAAAAGAUUGUGGUGACUUCUCCCAGGUCUUAGCAAAUUUCCAAGGAGCCCAUCGAGUGGACGAAGCAAGUGUCAGCCAGCAUCGUCCGUGGGCCCCGUGGGGUGAGGGUCCAAGGCUGUGCUGGACUGUGCUUCUUGGGUGUAUAUUUGGGGUUUGGGGGCUUCCUUCCUUCAGCAUUCUGUUUUGCCCUCGGGGCUUCUACUCACAGAGAAGAGUAUUCAGGGCUGGGAUUUAAGUUUUCACUUAGAGUCGAUUAAAGUCGCCGCCUUCAAAACCUGCUUACUGUAAGUUGAGUGUGAAGAUCACAAUAUGUUUGUGAAUCCAGCGAAGCAGUCCACUGCCCCGGGUCUGAUGAACUCGGGGAGUCCCUCAGACGUCACUAAGCACCCUGCCGCGGCCUGAGGGUGGUUGAAUUCCUGUGAACCUUUUAAAAGUGACCCUUACAAAUGAAACAUACUUUCCUUUCUUUCUAAGACUUUGGAGUUCCUGAAAAUUACCUUGUGGCGAAUCUCAGGGCCCUUGGGCCUCUCAGGACCAUCUGCACAUGCAUUAAGUUCUCCAGCACUGUGCAGUGUUAAGUCACAAAGCUAGACUCCUCCUCAACUGCAUUGUAAAAACGGAACCAGGGGCUUCAUCUGGCAGAUUCUUUGAAGCAUCAAUUUUCCUUGGCAGUUCUGAUGGGAAGCAGGAGAAAAGAGGGGAGGAUACCAGGUGGCCAGGCAGCUGGAGUGGACUCUGAGGGUCAGAAUGGGGUCUGGGUGGGGCCGUGUGAGCAGGAUGAAAAAUGGAAAGAAACUGUGACUCAGACAGAGACCUGCGUGUGUCAGGAGGAUAGCCAAUGAAUGGGACUGGCUCUGCUUCCCCAAGGGCUGCAUGUGUGAGACCUCAGGAGCUGAGUUUGGGGGAAGGGGCUUCCUUUUCUGUUUGGAUGGGAAGCUGGGGUGGGGCAAGGGUAGGCACUGGCCUCCUGGUGUUGCCACGUAGGUGCGAGGGAGGGGAAUGGGAGACCUAAGAGGAGGCCUCCUAUUGUCGCAGACCCAGCAAAGCCUGAGAUGCACAGAGACAGGCACUUUCUCCCUCCUCCCUGACUGCUCUGGCUCCACCAAGGAAUAUUGGUGGGAAUGCUGGGCUGUCUAGAGACCUGGCCAAUUCUGCAGGGUGGAGAGACAGGAAGCAGGGGGACCUCAGCAAAAAGGAACUCUCCUGGUCCUCCAGGCAGACUAGCCACUGUGGAUUCUGUGAGCACUGCAAUGACCAGGAGCCCUGCAGAGGGGGGGAACCUGUAGUGAGGGAGUCCUGCAGUGGGGGAUCCUAUAGUGAUGAGAUCCUGCUGUGGGGGAUCCUAUAGUUUAUGGGAUCCUGCAAGGGGAAUCCUAUAAUGAGGGGGUCCUGCAGCAAGAAGAUCUUGCAGUGGGGUGGGUCCUACAGUGAGGGGGACCUGCACUGGGGUGGGUCCUACUUUGAGGGAAUCCUGCAGUGGGGUGGGUCCUAUAGUGAGGGGAUCCUGCAGUGGGUGGUUCCUAUAGUGAGGGGAUCCUGCAGUGGGUGGUUCCUAUAGUGAGGGGAACCUGCUGUGGGGUGGGUCCUAUAGUGAGAGGAUCCUGAAGUGGGGUGCGUCUUAUAUGAGGGGAUCCUGCAGUGGUGUGGGUCCUAUAGUGAGGGGAUCCUGCAGUGGUGUGGGUCCUAUAGUGAGGGGAUCCUGCAGUGGGGUGGAUCCUAUAGUGAGGAGAAUCUAUAGUGGGGUGGGUCCUAUAGUGAGAGGGUCCUUCAGUUGGGUGGGUCCUAUAGUGAGGGGAUCUUGCAGUGGUGUAGAUCCUAUAGUGAGGGGAUCUUGCAGUGGGGCGGAUACUACAGUGUGGGGAUCCUGCAUUGGGGUGGGUCCCAUAGUGAGGGGAUCCUGCAUUGGGGUGGGUCCCCAGACCCUCUGCUCCCUUAGCAUGCAGUCGUCUUCUUUUUUUAUAUAUUUAUUUUUUAGUUCUAGGUGGACACAAUGUCUUUUAUUUUACAUUUGUGCUGUGUUGAGGAUCGAACCCAGUGCCUCGGAGCACAUAGUCUUCUAACAGGGCUGGGAUUUAUCUCCAUGAGCUCCCUGGGUGUGCCUGUUCUCCAUAGCAUGUUGCUUAAUAUUAAACAGCUGAUUUAAGACGCUCCCGUCGGGUCCUGCUGUACAGUUGUUCUAUAAAUUUCCUGAGGACCGCAGCUCUCUGCACAUCUGCUGACAGUGCAGCUGUGUCCUUGACCUGAUCCUCCCUGACCUUCCAGGUUGUCUCUGCUCUGCACACUGGGUCUGAGAAUGGCUGCCCGGCUGCCCUGGCUGUGGGGACUGUCACGGCUACUUUAUACACAAAUCUGGCCAUGACCCUGGGGCUGAAAUCAGUCUGGGGAGAGGCUGACCUUCACUCAGAUCAAAGGCCUGUCAUACUUGAGCUGAGCACUCUUGGCUCUGUCCUGAGGGGCAGUGGGCAGUCUGGCCUGGUGACCCUGGUGGUGGCUGCAGUAGGGGACAGGGCUGCGUCUCUCCAGCCCCCACCUGCUGUGGCGGCCCCAGAGGAAGUGUGGGAAUGGGACCCAAUUUGUCCCUGUCCAUGGUGGCCUGACAGCUCUCUCUUUUCCCUCUGGAGGGUGCCAGUCCUGAUUUGCCUCUUGCUGUUGGUUUUGGGGCAACUUGUAGAAACCGCGUCCCUCCAACAUCAGGCAAGGCAGCAGCAGGACGUGGGAUGCAUGGGAUUGUGGGGCUCUGGACAAACACUGCCCACUCCCUUCCUGCCCACCUCCUGGCCUUUCUAGCUCUGUGACUCCAGAGACCAGCUGCUGAGACGGUGCACCCCAUGCCUGAGGGGCAGCAGCCUGGCGGGCCCGGCCGGGGUUCUUCGGCUCUGCAAGGUGGGGCUGGACUGGGCACAGGGCCAGGAUGGCAGCAUGCACUCUUCAUGCCUGGCAGAGGCAGUGGAUACCUGGCUCUGCUGGCUCCCAGGGAGAGUCUUCCAGGAGAGCAGGUGGCUGAGCCCCCAAUCAAUUCCACGUGGUUCUGCUGGGUCCCUCCAGCUUGCAGGGUGUCUGCUGCUCAAUCCUACAGGCCUCGCUCAAGGUCACCCCAGCCACCGCAGCAUCAGGUCCCUGUCCUGGCUCCUCUUCCUGUGCAGGGCUCUGCUCCAUGUCCUCUGCCCUGUCGGAUGUGCCACAGAAGCCAGGGGCUCUGGGGGUUGUGGGCCACCUCCCCAGGCCCCUCAGAAGCCGGGCUCUGGGGGUCGUGGGCCACCUCCCCAGGCCCCUCAGAAGCUGGGCUCUGGGGGUCGUGGGCCACCUCCCCAGGCCUCUCAGAAGUGGGCACUCUGCCUGGCACCACAUCCCAGGGCGGGCCUGCAGUUUGCCUGGUGGGGCUUGUUUGUGCCUGUGGGGCUGGUAGCCCUGGGAAACGCCCUGGAAUUGGCAGUUUGGGUGGGGGCAGUGGGCUCGGUCCCCUGGGCACCAGGCAACUCCUGGACAGCCACCUGCAGAGGCAGCUGAAAGGCCACCAGAGUAAGUGGGGAUGGUGGCAACCCAUGCGGGCUCUCAGUCAACCUCCCUCCCUUUGGGUUCAGGUGCCCUCUGGGCCUGACUGGAUCUCGCCCUGGACCCUGCCCUGCCCAGCACUGCACCACGGCCCCACUGCGUCCCCACUGCGUCCCCACAUGCUCCUCUGCCAUCAAAGCCUCACGAGUUUCCUGUUUUCACAGUCUGUGUCCCCUCCUUGCCACGUGUCCCUGGGGCCUGCCAUGGUGCCCAGUACAAUUCAUGAAUGAAGGAUCCUCUGAGAGGGGCUCCCUGCAGAGCUCGAGAUGCUGAGUGUGAGGUCCAAGCUCAGGGAGGGAGGCUGGGAGGAGCUUGCAUCCUUCCUGAGUCCCUUGGCCUCUGUGUGCUGGGCAUGUGGGUGUCAGGUCCAGAGAGGACAGCAGAGGGAAAGCCCCGGCCAUGCUCCCGUGAUGGGCUCACAUGGAGGCCGCAGUGAUCCCCCCAGGGUGGUGACGUGUGGCCAAGGCUGAGGGCAGACUGGCCAAGACCCAGGCUCCGGCCAGGGAACAGCACGUGCUGAGGCCCCCAGCCCCUUGUGCCUGCUGGACCCUCCAGGCUGCGCCCUGCCCCCCCCCCCACUGGCCUCUGCUCCCAGCCCGUGCAGCCUUUCAGAUCCAUUUAGCCUAAUUAGAGUGAUUCUGUGGUCUCAGGGCCAAUUUACAUCUCUGUGGCUGCAGGAAGGCCAGCUGAGUCCUCUAAUGAGGAAAGUCCUUGAGCCAAUUAGGGGAAGUGGCUCCACCCUGUCCAUUAGGUUUAAUAAAGGUCAAGACAAAAUCCAGUGCUGAGCCCAGCCCGGGUGGUGGUCCACCGAGCAGAGUUUGACUCGCCUUCUUUUCUGCUGUGAAGGUUGGGGUCUGCUUGGGGUGAUGGACGAACCAUCCCCCACCCUAAGGGUCACUGCUGGCCCCAAGAUGCCCCUGGGGGUGGAGGGCUUUAUUAGCCUUGGGGCAGUUUUUCCCACUCUCCCAAGAGGGGAGGUAUGUGAGGUCCUGGCAGCAAGGCCAGCCUCCCCGAGAUACAGUGGUGUCCUCCACUAGGGGUUUCUCAGAAGGGGGUUUCUCUCUGCCUGGGUCCAGGCUGAAGGGAGAGGAUGGGGGUGCUGGGCCUGUGUCUGCUCUGAGAGCCACUUCAAAAGGCCCAGGGUUGGUGCCUGAGGUAAUGCAGGUCCUGAUGGGGGAGGAUGCAGCCCCGCCAGCCAGCUCUGCUCAGAAGUCCACUGCAGACCCUGGACCUUCAAAGACCCCAGACCUGCAUCUGGAGCCUGCCUCCACUGGUCAGCCUGCAAUCCACGCCUUCCCUGCCUCAGUUUUCCCACCUGUCACGCAUGGGACUGAUCUGCAGGCAUCCAAGGAGCCAGUGCUGUGGGGGUCCUCGGGUCUGAACACGCAGCGGGUGUCCUCCGCGGGCAGGUUCCCUGGGCACCUGCUCUCGCACCGGAGGAAUGCAUCUUGAUGAAGAUGCUGUCCUGUGGGCGGUGGGACGCUCCAUGUGGCCCUGUUGAACGUUGGCUGGGUGCUCAGGCGCGGCUGUGGCUCCUUGGGCCUCAUGUCCCCUGGAGCCUGGGAGCUGCAGCCCUGGCUCCAGCCACACAGGGCGACUGUCUUUCUGAUCCAGCUGUUUCUGGUCAGCUGCCUCUUGACUUCAGGGUCCUCUGGCUGAGCAUGCUCCGCCUCCCGCCCUCCACCUGCUAGGCAGUGUCUCAAGGCCUUUCUCUGUUGUCACCUGGGGUCCUCAUCUGCCCUCGGUGCUGGCUCUGCUGGGAUGAGAUUCCUUGGGUUGGCUGGAGGCCCCAAAAAGAUACACACAGGAGCCUGUGCUGUGACCUUUGAGGUCUUUGCAGAGGUGACCAGGGAAGGCUCUUGAGGCCCUCCAAGUCUGAGGUGGGUCAAAUCCAAUGACAGAUGUCACAAAAAAUGACAGACCACCAGGCAUGGGCCACACCUGUGAUCCCAGAGGUCCAGGAGGCCGAGGCAGGAGGAUCACAGGUUCUGGGCCAGCCUGGGCAACGUAGCCAGAUCUGGCCUCAAAAAAUAAAUAAAUAAAUAAAAGUGCCAGGGGUCAGCAGUGGAGCCCCUGAGUUCUGUCCCCAAUACCAGAGAACAGGGUGGGGGCUGGGGAUGUGGCUAGUGGUAAAGCACUCGCCUGGCCUGUGUGAGGCUCUAGGUUAGGUCCCAGUAUUGGGGGGAAAGGUGGACAUUUGAGACUCAGAUAUAGAGAGGGUCUGAGACUGUGAGUCCUGGGCCAGAUCCCAGUUCACUCUGUGAGUUCUAGGAAGCUUUUUCAUCACUAUGACCAAGAGAUCCCACAAGAGUGACACAGACGAGAAGUUUAUUUGGGGCUCACAGUUCCAGAGGUUCAGUCCCUGGAUGGCCAACUCCAUAGCUCAGGCCCUGGGGUGAGGCAGCAUGUCAUGGUGGAUGAGUGGCAGAGAGCAGCUCAGGACACACACCGUGGGGCAGAGAUGUGGGGGCCGUGUGUCAGGACCGGGUCUCGAUCUCUGCAGAAUCAGAGGAAGGGGACACCAAUGCAGACAGAGAUGAACCAGGACGUGGGUGUCACAGGGAUUAGCCCACAGUGUGGACGCUCAGGAGUCCCCAGCCCAGCAGCUGGCAGAUGGAAGCCCCUGGAGGGCUGGUGGAGUGAGCCCAGUCUGAGUCCAAUCUGAAGGGAGGGGACAGCACAGUCCAGUCCUCAGGACACAAGCCAACAGCGACUGCCGCCCCUCAACCUUUGUGUCUUCCUGGGGAUCCCCAGGCCCAGGCUAUAGAGUGACAUGCUGCUCUCAGCAGAAGCCCCCAGAGAGCUCAAUCAGGCACCUCAGCACCUGGGGCCCAGUGCAGGUGACACCAGCUGGCUGGCACAGCAUGAACAGCAUGGAAAGGACUCACGUGGAGCCUCAGGGGGACAAGGACGGUUGAAGGUUGCGGCCCAGAGUGAGCCCGUAUGAGGGAAUAACAAGGCAGAGGGCAUUCCACCCUGGGCGUGAGACCACAGGUGUCUCUAGGCAGAGGAAGCAAGGGUGCGGACGAUUCCGACCUGGGGCAGUGCUGACCUGGUCAGUGCUGAUCUGGGUGCCAGUGCCUGCAUCUGCACAGCUGGUGGCUCUUUCUAAGAGGCUCACAGGGUCAUUCUUGCUGCCUGGGGUGGGCAGGCAGAGGUGCUAUGGGGGUCCCCUGCACAGGGCACAUAAUGGAGUGGGAGAGGCUACCAGAAAAAGGGACAGUAAUGUUGGGGUGAAUGGAAUACAAAAAGGCAAUUGGAGACUACGCAGAGAAGUCAGAUUGGGUGGGACGCCUGAGGGGUGCAGCCUCACCCAGGCCUGUGUGGGUGGACCACUGCCCGUGGCUGUCCCUUGGGCACCUUCCCCUGAAACCAGUUAUGGCCAAGCCCCUGGGGACCCGGGGCUCAGUGCAGGUGCCUCCGUGGUGUGCCCUGUGGUGACAGGGGACUGGGGAUGGGGUCCCC